UAAUUCUAUGUGGCAACAUGCUAUGCUAGCCUUAAACCAUUUGUCGAGUGUCAAAAUCGUCGAAUUGAAGGGAGAGCUUCGCUUUUUGUGCAAAUCUCAUUCAUUUGUUCAUCAUCUUUUUGAUCGAUCGAUAAGAGAUAUAUGCAACUCACGCUCCUCUGAUCGCUGAUUUUCAGUGUUCGCCGUUUCAUUCUCUGCAGCUGCACGGAUAUAGAGAGACGAUGAAGAAGGAUAAAUCAGUAGUAAUAGAGAACCCUAGCGGAAGUGGUGUAGCUAAAACAUCUUCUUCGAACAGGUUAUUUGUACGAGAAGAAGAAGAAUCAGAGAGAAAACAAACUACUUACGACUUCCCCUUGCCAAUUGUUACUCGUAAUGGUUCCUCCAAAUACGAUUUCGUCAAGGUGAAAGUAUGGUUGGGUGAUAAUGCUGAUCACUACUAUGUCCUCUCAAGAUUUUUGCUUAGCAGAAUGUUGACUGUUACUAAGAUUCCUAAUCAUACUGCUCUCAAAAUUGCACUUGAACUCAAGAAGUUGCUGGUAGACAAUAGCCUUCUUGAUGUCUCUCAAUCUGAUCUGGAAACUAAUUUGUUUAAGCUCAUGAACUGGCGUGGCUAUGGGCAAGAGUAUAUAAGUCGUUACAGGAUGAUGACAAGAUUUCACCAUCAAAGGGUACCACUGGUCAUUCUUGUAUGUGGGACAGCAUGUGUUGGAAAGUCUACAAUUGCUACCCAACUUGCACAAAGGUUAAACUUGCCAAACGUAUUACAGACUGAUAUGGUCUAUGAAUUGCUAAGGACUUCAACAGAUGCACCAUUGGCAUCUUCACCUUUAUUGGCACGUGACUUUAGCUCCUCUGAUGAGUUAAUAACUGAGUUUUGCAGAGAAUGUAGAAUAGUCCGAAAAGGUUUGGCUGGUGAUUUAAAGAAAGCAAUGAAAGAUGGAAAGCCAAUCAUUAUUGAGGGAAUGCAUGUGGAUCCAAGCAUAUACCUAAUCGAUGAUGGAAAUACCAACAAGAAUGCUGAAAAGAUGAGUAAGGGUCCUGAAAGUGUUCCUGAGAAUAUUACAAUUCACAAUAUGAAAGAUCAAGCAGUGGAAAGAAAGGCUAUUCAUAAGAGAGAAAAAUCUGGAGCCCCAGAGCCAGUUGUAAUUCCUAUUGUCCUAAAGAUGGCUGAGUUUGAUCAUAAGGCAUUACUAGAAGAGUGGAUAUCUACACGUAAAUUCAGCAGUUAUCCAAUCAAGGAUAAAGACAAACUGAUUAGCAACCUAAAUACCAUUCAAGAUUAUCUGUGCUCUUUCACAUCACAAGGCUCAGAAGUAGCCAACAUAUCCACAACAACUUUCCCUCAAACACUUGACUGGCUCCAUAAUCAUCUUCUUCAGCGUAUUGAACAAGGUAUAUCCUCCGCCUCUAAAGAAAAUGUUGGUCAACAUGAUGAAACGUAGAUUGGGCAUUUCACAAGUACAAAUCGUUGACUUUUCAUCUCCAAAGUUAAUGUUACAAUAAAGACUCAAACUUUGUCUCAUUUACAAUAAUACAAAAAUGGUGACACGUGUACAUUCAUAUACCAAAUAUAUGGUUCUUAAAAGUGCCACUUGGGUCUGGUUUCUUCUU